CAACGAACGAAGACGACAUGGAUGCAUCUCUUUCUGCAUCCACAUCUCAACAUGGACAACUCCCCCACCGCCUUGUUUGAGAACUAUGAUGAGGACCUCAAGCAGCUGCUCGGCGGUCUCAAGGCCAAGCUCGAUGGAGAAGUCAAGGGGCUGACUGGGGAGCAGAGGAAGGCGGCACUCAAGAAGGUGUCUGAGGAAAUAGAUGAAGCAGAGGAGAUUGUCGGGCAGAUGGAAGUGGAGCUUCCUUCGAUGCCAGUGUCGAUCCGCUCAACGUACCAAGGGCGUUUAGCUACCUCGAAGCAAGGACUUGACAAGGUCAAGAAGACCCUACGCGACCUCCGCUUCGAAUCCCAGCGUUCCGAACUCCUCUCCGGUCCCGGCGGAGCAGGUCAAAGCGGCCGCUACCCGCACGCCGACGACCCAUACUCUGAUGACCCCGAACCAUACUCGACUCGUUCACGCCUGCUGCAAGGAACUCAGACUCUGGAGGACAGCUCAGGGCGACUGGACAAUGCGCAUAGGAUCGCGCUGGAGACGGAAGGAGUGGGCUCGGAGAUCCUCAGAAACCUCAGGGGGCAGAGAGAGCAGCUGGAGAACACCAGAGAUACUCUCACUCAGGCGGACUCUUCCAUUGACAGAGCAGCCGGCACUCUCAAGAAGAUGAUCUUCAAGAUGUACCAACAAAAGUUCCUCUCGAUCGGUAUCAUCAUCGUCCUCGUCCUCCUUAUCCUCUUGGUCCUUUACUCCAAAUUCCAUUAGGCGCCGACGCUUCGCCUCGACCAUCCACUCGUCAUUCCUAGAAGAGGUUCAGCUAGUCUGAAGGGAGGUUGUGUGGGGUGAAGUGAUCAGAAUCCCGAUGGACAAGCCACAAAAGGAAAGUUGUAAACAAUAGAAUGAGCUGUGUUAUUCUGGGCCUCGCCAGCUGUAAUGUCAAGGACUAUUCUUGUCACAAUCUCUCCAUUCGCAACAUCUCACACCUUUGCCGGCAGAUCGUUGUCCUUCAGCUUACGUAGCUACCCCAAAGCGUCCA